AUGAAAAGCAAGGAGGAUAUUAAUCAAUCUGAUAAAAAGAUGGAUAGACCUAAUGUUGCUAGUAAUGCCCCUACGGUUGCAGACACACAAGAGAUGACUGAACAACAGAAGUUACAACAUCAAUUACAGAUUUUCCAGAAUUCUUUGCCUAAAGUGAGUCAAACUGCAUACAUGAUGCUAUUAAAUGAAUGUGUGCCGCUUUCCAUGGCUGUUGAAAGGAAACGUGGUGAUUGUAAUUCGAAAUUAGAUCGUAACUGUGAUGAUGAAGUUUCUCAAGCAGGAGAACAGUUACAGAAAAUACAUGUUAGUCCACCGUUAGAUCCUCCAUCACAUCAAUUGUGUCGAGAGUUAUAUGAAGCUGAUGAGGAGAAGCAUAACAGGGUUUUGGAUAGGCUUAGAAAUAUUGGAUUUGAAAUUGGUAAUAAGAUUACAGAAUUACUGGUAUUUAGUAACAAUCCUAAUUUACAGUUUAAGGAUAUGGAUCUCCUUUCUGUUAUGAAAUUCAUCUGUAGAGAUGUUUGGCGGCAGAUGUUUAAUAAACAGAUAGACAACUUAAAGACAAACCAUAGGGGAACUUUUUAUCUUUUCGAUUACGAUUACCAACCGAUCCAGUCGUUUGCACUUGAUAGUGAAUCGAGUGAAAAAGAACUUCAAAUGGUUAAGCCUUUUCUAGAAAUUGCAGUUGGUGUCAUAAAGGGUGUUCUCGCAUCAAUUGGCCAUGCGCCAGAGGACGUAAUCUGUUUGGCGUCAUAUGUCGAUAGACCAGAUGAGAAACCUAAGGCUUCCUUUACCAAAGGUGUCAGCUUUCACGUACAAAUAACCAUGUAA